AUGAAAAUUCACGAAAUUAUUUUAAACAUUAUUGUUCUAAUUAUUGUAUAUUGCAAAGCAUCUCACUAUUACCAUUCUAAAUGCACUGCACAAUAUAUUGAUGAAAAUGAUUUUUAUAAAUUUAAAAAGGGAAAACGGUUUGCAAGAAUUUUGCGAGUGAACGAUAUGAAUAUAUUUCGCAUAUAUGGAAAUGCGAAACAUGACGAAAGCGUUCACCAGGAAAUAAUGGAGCCCCCAAGCCUUAUUCCUAAUUUUAUAAAUUCCAAUGGGUCUUCUAAUACAAAUGAAGACUCUGAAAUGAUGGAAUAUAUUAUGCUCACAAUUGAGGCGUGGAAUCAAAUUUUUUUGACUAUGUUUGAAUUGUAUAAUUCGUAUACAGAUGACAAUAAUAUUACAGAUAAUCAAUGGAAGUGUAUGAUGUGGAAUGAUAUAUGGUACAAAUAUCUAGAAAUUUUAAUUUCUGAUAUCAGCGAGAUUAUUCAAAAUCCAUCUUAUUCAAUGAUGGAUAUUCAACCCAUUUUCUAUGAAUAUAUGAAUCACUCUAUUAACGAUUUUUCAACAUUUUUAGAGAUAAUUCAGAAUGAGUGGGAAUUAAAACUUCAAAGAGAAGACCAGAAUCCAGAAGCAAGAGAACCAGAAAUUGAAGUUUCCGAAUCUGAAAAUAAUACUGCGGAAAUAAACGAAUAG